ACUUUGAGAGUCGAUAUUCUGAUUCCCAGAUGUAUACUCACCAUCCAGGAUGCUCGAUGUCUUCCAGCUUAUUAACCCACAUUCUGCAAGAGUCCGACAGCCCUUCAAUCUCGACGGAUGAACGGAUGAACGGACGAGUCAAAAAGCGCUAAACUUCGUCACAACAGUUGUCUCAGGGCUACUUAAACUGACAAGGGUUCAGAGAAGAGGAAUCGACUUCAAUCUAACUCUCAGCUUCCCAUUCUUGCCGCCCUGUGUCAUCACUGAAGGCGGUUGAUACUUAUACUUUCAACAUGGUGCAAGAUCUGAAUCCCAGGGGCGCGAAGCCGACCAUUGUCAUUGUGCCCGGUUCAUUCUCCCCUGCCUACUUUUAUGAUGCGGUCGUCGACAAGCUCCGCGAAGGUGGUUUCGAAACCAUCGUUGGCAAUCUCCCUUCCGCCAGUCGUUCGCCUCCCGAACCAGCUGCCACCAUGGCAGACGACGCUGCCUUCUUCCACGACAUUGUGGAAAAAGUCGCCGACCAGGGCAAGGACGUCGUCCUCGUAACGCAUUCUUAUGGCGGCGUUGUCGGCACAGAAGCUUCGAAAGACCUCUCUAAGAGCGAGAGGAAAGAGGCCGGUAAAGAAGGCGGACUUGUCAGACUGGUGUAUUUGACCUCGGUGGUGCCCACUCCGGAGAACUCGCUGGCGGAUCUGAUGGGAACUUUGCUACCGACCUACCUCAAAGUUGACGGCGACUACAUGCGACACGAACCCUUCGAAGAAAGCGCGAGGCUGACAUUCUCCGACCUUCCGCUCGAGGAAGGAAUUGAAUGGGUCAAGAAGAUGCCGCUACACUCAGCUCCUAGCUUCCAAGGCAAGCUCACGUAUCCCGGGUAUAGAUAUGUGCCUGUGUCAUGGAUCUUCUGCGAAAACGAUCUCAUCUUGCCUCCGGAUUUUCAGCGCCAGUGCAUCGAAAUGAUAGAGAAAGAGAGCGGGAACAAAGUCGACGUCCAUUCAAUCAAGACCGACCAUGUGCCGAACGCCAGUGCUCCAGAGGAGACCGCAAUGGCUAUCAUGGACGCCGUAAAGGCGGCGUGAUGCAGGUAGACAGAUUGCUGCUGAUGAAGUCAAAACAGUUUGAGCUCGUAGGGUUCGUGGAAUCAAUCAAUAAAAC